AAAGAAGACUGAACCUGCACAUUAGGUAACAACAAUGUGACCACAGAGUGAACUGUCAGUAGCAUUAUACAACACAAUGUUUGAACCCUUUUGCCUCUGCCUUUUGCAGACCAGCGAUGGGCGUUGUCAUUGUGUCCUCGGCUACCAACCAGCCAACAGUGGAGAUGCAUGUGUACAAAAACUGUUCGACGUCUGCAGAAAUGGAAAAACUCGUACACAGUACGGAGACUGUCUGGAUAAACAUCAGUGGUCAAUUUACUGCAGGCAGCAGGUUGGACCAUGUGUUUAUCACUUUUACAUACCAUCACACACACAAACACACACACACGCACGCAUGUAGAGCAAAGGUGACAGGCAUGUCUGUCAUAAAACAACACAGAACAGGAAACUCAUCCUGAUGAUCUGUUGGCUGAAUGACACGAACACAACUCUACACUCAAAGGCAAGGCUAAUAAGUACAACCCAGAUGUCUUUGCCCUUUUCCCUGUGAACCUUGCAGUAGUUUAUCUUGUACAGACUUAUCAGUCCAACUUAAUAUUUAACUAUAAAGGGCUUUCUCUGCCUGGUUGCUAGUUAAGAAUUUCCACGUUCUUCUCAUGCUGAUGUGUUUAUUUUUGUCACUGGACCCCAUCGGUACAAAUGACCUUACACCUAGUUACACUGUCAAACAGAGCAUCAUAGUAUAUUUGAUAUGAAAUUACAUUUAAUUUACGUCAGGACAAAAACUGAUCCAAGCAGAGAAAAAAAUAUAUUUAAAAUAACAGAUUUCAAAUUGGAUCCUUGCUUUUUAUGGGUUAUUUUCUGAAAGGUGUGUCAGUCUGCAGAGGACUACAGGGGAUUUGAUGGACAGCUAGGUCUGUGUGUCUGCAGAGAGCCCUCUGAGAGAGCUGCAUGUGCAGGCCUAUGCAUGAGAAGGCCAGCUACUGACCUGCAGCUCCAAUGCCGGUCCAAUGGAGGAAUGGAGCUGGUGGUGAUGAGCAAUGGCAGCCAGGUUUCAACCAUCUCAGGCAGCGUGCUGGAGACACUUUUUAUAAAGUGGGACUCCCAGGGGACUCUUCAGUGCAACAGCCACCUCAACACUUCACAUCCUGUCUAUAUUGUUCAGACAACAGAGGCUGGAUUUGUGGGUCUGCUCGGUGGUCUCCCAAAGGAGCUUCAACAACUGAUUGCAGUCCUAAAAAGCUCAGAUGAAAGCGAUUCUGGUAAUGUCUCUGAUGUUAAUGACGUUGAAAAUAUAAGUCCUGGAAGAAACGACAAUCCCAGCAGCAGGAAAGGACACAAGGGGGAUAAGAAGGAAGCGAGAGAAACAAGUGUAAAUGGAGUUCUGAACCCCACAACGUGUCUCCAGCUGGGUGAAGUAAUGCUGUUCACUGUCGACACGCGCCACUAUCCACAGUAUGAUCUUGACAACUUGUACAACACAAAUGAAGACUUUGACUGGGGAGCGUUCAGACGGUUAGAAGAAGAGCUGACUCUGUCUUGGACUCCUCCCAGCUUCUUCUCAGUGGUCUUUAGUCAGCCUGGGGUUUAUGUUUUUACACUGAGCAGCAAUCAGCACAAACAAAUGUAUGUGCGGGCGAUGCCUGCAGGGGGGCAGUGCUAUGAGCCGGGACCUUUCUUCCCCAGCCUCCCUCGUCAUAUGAUGAGGAUGGGGAUCAGCAGGAAACGCAACUUGUUACUGAGGCCUGACUGGCUAGUGACAGGAGGACUGCUGUUUGGAGCUGUGGUCAUCCUCUGCAUAUGCGUUACUCUUCUGAUCCUGUUUCAGGAAUAUGGAUGGCCAGAGAAGGAGCCAAUCAGAGCGCGCUAUCGCUUGCUGCAGUCGGCCUAUCACAUGGACGACUACUCGUCAAAAGGUUCAAGGGUGGUCUCACUGAGGAAGAUUCACCGAAAUCAACAAGCUAUGACACAAGACUCCAUUCAACCAGAUACGGUGGAUGAGUUCUGGGAUUAUGAGCAUCAGGUUGAUCUGGAGGCAUUCAGCAGCAACACCUUCUACAGCCUACUACUCAAACAGAGUCUGUCUGUAACCAAGCGGCUGGGACAGCUCACCACUGAGGUAAAGGACCUUUACCAGGGGGUUCUUGGGAAACUGCAGCUGCUUCACCCAUGCUUGAUCACAGAGGAGAGGAAGGUAGAGGGUUAUGAGAGGGCGAGGAGGGAGGUGGAGAGGGAGAUGGUGCGACGAAAGACACUAGCCUUGGAGAUGACGACUCUGCUCGACAGUCAGUUGCAGGUUCUGAGGCGAGAGCAGCAGGCCCAGCAGAGGGUCUACAGUGUUUUCACAGCUCAUUUCAGAGAGUGCAACAGACUGCUGUCCAAGGUUUAUAACAGCAACCAGCCACACUGUGAGCUACACCAGCAACAUUUAACCCAGAGACUAACAUCCCUGCUGGAUGAGAUGGGAGAGCUGGUGUCAGCUGAGUGUCAGCGUCAGGGGGCCUGGGGGCUGUUAGGUGAGGGUACAGGGGCCAAGCUGCUCUGCCCUGACACUGGAACAGUUCUUACCAAAAAACACAUCUUUGGUACUGACGGGUCCCUUCUGACCUGUCAGGCUCUUCAUUGUGAUUCAAUCACAGGCCUCAUUCGGCCAAACUCUCACAGCCACAUGCUGCUGAACAGUGGCCACACCAUGGCAGUACCACCUGAUUUCUUUCUCCAUCCACAGACCGGCAGGGUCAUGCCCAUAGCUGGGAACGUGGUAUAUGAUCCUGCAAGCUCCUCUUUAGUGUUCACAACUGACUCAUUUACAGGAGACAUCAAGAAAUGGGACAGUCCCCUCCUUCCUUUCAUUCCUUACCCAACUUCCCGACACUCAGACCAGCCUCUGCCCAGCACUCAGCUCAGAGGACUUAGACCGGGCCAGAGACUUCAGCUGGGUGCUCCCAUGGCAGACCCAGACACCGGGGUCCCAGUGCCCAUCCUGGCUGUAACCAUCCACCCCCAGACUGGACUAGUCUACCCACUAGGGGGGGUGCAUGUCUGUCCCCUCACCCGCCUGAAGCAGCCCAUACAGACUUGCUAUCCCAUGCUGGACUCCAGGACGGGGAAUCUUGUGCUUACUGUUGGGGUCAGUCUAGAUCCAGUGACAGGAGCUGUGCUGCCAGUAGGGGGAGUCCUUUUAGCGGAGUCCUUAAUUGAACCUCUGAGUGGGCGGAUGGUGAAGGUAGGAGGGGCCAGCAUACGAGCCGGGCAACUUCUACCUAAUGCAGGAGGAUACCAAGCUCUUCUAGACAGCAAGGUCCUGGCAGUGAUGUUUGAAGUGUUGGAGCUCCUGAAGCCUCUAACUGAGCAGUGGGGCUCAGACCCUACUAUUCAGCAGUUUCACAGCAGUGAGAGAGGGAGCGGUCGCCAAGAUUAUCUUCUCGAUGCGGCCAAGGAGCUCCAGCAGGCCUGGGAAAGGAGCCUGCACUGCCAGCUGCAGCUACAGACAAGAUUGGAGAUUCUGCUUGACUGGGCCGUGGGUCUCCAGCAGGAUGGAGGGACUCUGGGAGAGAUGCCGCUCUCAGGUUCAGAUAUGUGUGUGCCAGCUCUGCUUGGGAUGGAUUACCCUGACCCCAUGGGCUCUGGUCUUAGUGUACCUGUGCUGGGGUGUCACACUGGCCACAUUUCUGGAGAUAUGAUACCGUUGGCUGGAACCAUGGAAGACCCAGAUGGAAAAGGUCUUGUGGCCAUCCGUUAUGGAUCUCAGACUGUUGAUCCAGUGACAGGCGUGUUGGCCCCGGUGGUUGGAGCCAGGCUGGAUAUCUCCAGAAAGACUGUUGUACCUGUCACAGCUUCCUACUGGCUAAUCAUGCAGGAUCAAACGGAUAGUGCGCAGGUAGAGGCGCUGCGGAGAGAGGUGUUUGUACGGAAGACUUACUGGCAGCAGCAGAGGCAGAGGGAGGAGGAUAUUCUCUCAGAUCUGGACUCACCUCUAUACCAGUGUCUCUUUAAAGCCACACAAGCAAACUCUUAUCAGGUGCAGUGGUCAGGGAGGCAGCGGAGAGAAGCAGCUGCAGAGCUACAGGAUUCAGCACAGACUGAGGCCCAGAGGAGAGCAACUCAGCACUCGCACUUGGCUCUGAUCUUGCCUCCGCAUGUAUUACGCAUCCUUACACUGGGGGAUGAGGAGGAGUGGGAUCAGCAGCGUGUUUUGCACUCAGAACUCCUUUCAGGUCUGGAGAAGUUGGAUGUGUGUAUGGAGCAGCUGCAGCAGGAACAAGAAAAAUGGGCAGCAAAGGGACGAGACCAGGCUUCAGCUCUCCAUGCUAUGGACAAAGAAAUGAGGCAGAAAGAAUUAUGGGAGCAGUGUUGCUCCAUACAGGCUGAGUUGGAGGCUUCUGUUAAUGUGCUGCAGUGUGCCAGACACGUCUUUCAGCUUCAUGCCGACACUGCUCAGGCAGUGUUGUGUGGGAGCUUUGUGUACAGAGAUUAUGGUCUGGUCCACAGACACCCCUUUAAGGUCGUGGGUUUUCUCCAGCAGAAGGCUUUGCCUUUGCUGCAGAGACUGAACCAGCUCCUGGAAGACAAACAGCUUGCCAACUACCACCCCAACAUCUGCAAUCAACAUGCCUCUGGGAUCUCCACUCAGUCUUUGAGGGAACCUGACACUCUAGCUCAGUCCCAGGACACAGGUCUGCAGGCCUGCUCAGCACCAACACACAACCCACAGAGCCACACUGCAUCAUCUGGCAUUCACUCUCAGGAGAGCCAGUUGACCAAAGAGUCUGAGCGGCCUACACAUGUAUCUCUCCCCACAAUAUCAGAAGGAGAGUGGACCACGCUGCUGGAACUUUCUCCUCUCUUCCACCUGUUGAAGCAGGUGGACCAGCAGUUGAAGAGCUGGGCCUGUGGGACAAAGCUUCUCAGAGGAGAGCUCGCUGACAGAGGCCAGAGUUUUGUUGACGUCCUUGAAGCUCAGUGGGAAUGUGAAGGAGAGCUGGUCCCUCUGGAUUUGUCACUGCUUAACCCAAGAGAGUAUCUUGUCUACCAACACGGACUAUUCCUGAUCCACACAUUGAAUGAUUUAAACUUGACUUCAACCAUUUCUCUCCAGAUAGCAGCCAGUCUCCCAAACAACAACUACGUCAACAACGCCUUCAGAAAUUCCUUCUUUUAUCAGGAGGCAGAGGAGACGCUCUUUGUCCGCAGACAGAGGCUCCAGUCAGUUGGUGGCUUCUCUCUGCUGCUGCUCCACUGUCUGUGCCACAUCAAAGUCAUAAACAUGACCUAUGACUCCAGUCCUCACUUUCAGAGGCUUUUCUUCAAGAUGCUGCAGGCUUGUCUUGGGGAGCUGUUCCAAGCCAGACUGGGUGUGCCUCCCUCUGGUCAGGAUGACUAUUUGAAUGUGUUGUUUCAGCACCAAGGAGCCUUGUCAGGAGACUUUAAGAAACCUCUCUCUGACUCUCAAGCUGCUGCACUGCUUCACAGGCUUCACAAACCGAGCAGAGGAGAGCUAUAUGAACAUGAAGUUGAAGAGCUACAAAAGAAGCAUCAAGAAACAUCUCUUUUCUCACAACUUGAAAAACAUUUGAGAGAGAAAACCUCUGAAACAAUGGAGAAGUGCAAACUAGGUAAACAAAUAUAGAGAUGUUCAUACCUCUACAUUAGUGUGCAUGUUGAAAUGAAAUUUUUUUAAUACAUUUGAGAAAUCAAAUGUCAAUUUACUAUAUUGCUGCCCUUUGUGACACCCCCCCCCCCCACAAAAAACCUUGUAUAUUUUAAAUAAAGUCACUUGUUAGUUCUGAGAAAUUUUGAAUUUCAGAUAUAUACUAUAUUACAGCCUGAUUUCAUGAUUUUUAGAUCAUUGUAUGACUUACCUCAGCUCAGUCUCAUCAUCACGAUUGUUUUGUCAAAUGAAAAAGGCCAAACUUAAAAAAUCCAUGAAGUUUGACUUAAGGUGGGUAUUGUGUCGCAUCAUGAGCAUUUGAGCAUGUAAUUUUAAAUUGAUUUAAUUCUUGUCGUCAGUGAUCACAAAAAACAACCAUGUUUUAUUUGUUAAUAACAACAACACACAUUUUCUUUGUGUAGCAAACAUAUUUUACUCUGACGGAUCAUACAUGUUUUUGGAAUUAUUUCAGUACAAUCAUCGCAUUGCAGUAACAUGACUCAGAGUCUUAUUGGCAUUUGGCAUUGGCAAGUACACAUGUGUACAACAUGUAUGCAAACAGACAGGCAUAUGUUUCUAUUUAGUCAGCAUAUGUUUGGAGGAAGGGAAAGCUCAUCAUUAAAAGCCUUUGCUGGGAUUCAACACGUCAUGGACCUUCAGUGAUGUUUCGGCUUGUUGAUUUCGAAAAUGAUGAAAAUGAUGGUGAAGAUGAUUCCAAAGACAAGUGCCAGGAUAUUUAGCACCUUGGCUGUUCUUGAUGCAUCCAUGGCUUCUGAUGAUUGUCCAAGACUAUUAGCAGUGUUUGCCUACAAAAAGCAAAAAUUAGAAUAAGUUUCAGAUAACUUGAAAUCUGCUUUCUUGAUAAUAAAAGAGAGGAAUUUACUAAAUGUGCAGUACUGGAAAGCACACAAAAAAAAUUCUGCCCUUUUUUUUAUUUUGACGGCAUUUCAAAAGCAGGGAGCAGCUGAAAGGAGGAAAACCAAAUGUGAUGCUUGUUUAAAGUUACCUUGUUGGAGUAGAUAAUGGCAGCAAUCCCCAGAGGGCAACAACAGAAAAAAGUGUUAAAGAUUGACCAUCCCAUGUAGGAUGGAACCAAAGGCGCCUGGCCUCCUUCCAUGCUGGCUCUCUGUCUCCGCUGAUGUGGUAGGAGUUAUUCUUUUUGG